AUUGAUUACACAUUAAUAUAUUAUAAUAUAUUACUAAUGAUAUAUAGAAUAUUCAUUUAAGAUGGAGAAAAGUAAUAAAAAGCAAAGAAGGAAACGAACAGCUUGGACAGAAAAUACGGAAAGACAUUUGCUGAAGUUGUGGAAAAAACAUGUGCUAGAUUUGCGGGAACUACAGCGAAACGGACAAGUAUUUAACGAAAUGGCGAAGGAGCUGGCUGCACCUGGUUUCGCGGUAACCACCAAUGAAGUGCAGAAGAAACUGCACGAUUUCAGUAAACGAUUUAGAAAAGAACAACAAAACAUUAAACUGUCUGGAGUUUCAUCCUCAGAAUGGAAAUAUUUCGAUUUAAUAGGAGAUAUAUUGCGCAAUUUACCGUUACAUAACACAAAUUCAUUAGUGUGCGAUAGCAUUACAGACCAAAUGUCUUCAUCUAGUAACUGCAUAUUACUGUCCCCAUCAAAUGAAUUAUUGACUGCACCAUCACCAUCAACACUUGUAGAUCCACUUUCGCUUUCAACUGACUCAGAUUGCUCCAGUACAAAAAAUAAGAAAAUUAAAUUAGAUGACGACAACAACAUUAUGGUUAUAGAAGAGACCGAGUCUGCACCCCAGAGGAACUUGUCUUUAAAGUCAAAUAAGUACCACUCACCUCUCCCAACUGGUUUACCACAACAAGACAAUUUAUUGCAAGAGUUAAAAAAAUUGAAUGAUAUUGCGAAGGUGCAAAUGGAAUGGCAACAAAAAAUGGAUACAGCUUAUCAACAAAUAAUGCAAAAAAAUAUGGAUUCACUGCGACGAAUGUCGGAAGCAAUCAAAAUGUUAGAGAACGGAAAUAUUAAACAACACAUAAACAAUCAGACUUUAAAUGAAACAUCUAACAUUACGAUUAGUAGAAAAAAUGAAAUAUUUGAAAUUGUUUAUGAGAAUACGCCAAGUACUGAAACAAUAAAUGAUCAGAUUACAGAUGAAAAAUCUGUAACAAUAGUUAAAACAGAAUAUGAAGAGUUUGAUGAUGAUGGUGUCGAUGAGGAAACACGAAGUACAGAAGCAAUAACUGAUUUCACUUCAGAUGAAACAUCCAUUACAAAAAUUAAAGAAGAACAUGAAGAGUUUGAAUAUAUUCGCGAUAGUAUGCCGAGUGAAGGAAGAAUAAUAAGUAAUCAGAUUUCAGAUGAAACAUUUAAAAUAGAAACAGAUGCAUUUUCAAAUGUUUCUAAAAGUGUUUUAAGUACAAACCAAGACGAAUGUUUUCCAGUUCUUCUUACUAAAUCAUGUAGAUAUCCAAAUCUUUGAAAAUGUUUCUGAUGAUUCAAUUCAAUUACAAACAACUAUUUUGAAUUAUAUUAUUUUGGAAAUUAUUUAAAAUUAUUAGUGCACUGAUUUAACUACUUUUAUGGUAGUAUAACAAAAUGGAAAGAGAUAUUGAUGUUAUAGAUUUAGAAUGAUUCUAAAAUAUUUUAUCAGAUCAUAAAUGAGGCUUUUAAUUAUUUU